UCUAAGUUUUUCUGGUUUAAACACUUCGCAAAUAUUACCAAAAUAAAAUGCUGGAUUAUAAUUUGCUUUAUUAACAGCAAUAAACCAUUUAAACUGGUAUUAAAUAUACACCUGCACCGUAACCAAUCUCUUUACAAACAAGUUAUCUCCCUUCGAGAAAAUGACGUCAUUCGAGACACUCGCCCAAAGGACGCUGAAGAGGGUAAUGAGCGAGAGAUAAGUUCUUGUCAAUUUUGUGAAAAUAUGGUGCAGUGUGCCGCACUUAACUGCACAAUAAAAUCUGGCCAGGGAAUUAGCCUGUAUUUGUUUCCGAAAGAUCCCAAAUUUAGAAAAAUUUGGACUCUCAAAUUGAGAAGAGACGGUUUUCAUCCUACUCAAUACAGUAAACUUUGUGAACGACAUUUUGACAAAGAUCAAUUCUCGAUAAAUCCUGACAUUGCAAACAACGUAAAGUUUCAGUUAAAAAACAAGAUCUUGAAAUCAGGAGCUGUGCCAUCUCUAUUCGAUUACACGGAUCCCAAAGAAAAAAGGCUAUCGGUUAAAAGAUCAGCUAGCCCCACGUCUCAGCAACAUGACAUUGACAGGCCAGACGUUAGCAUGGUUGGUCGUUCCAAGUCAGAUGCCCUUGCGAAAAUCACCAAAAGAAGACGCUAUAACAUUUUAGAUGCCAGUGAUAUUGACAAUGAUGAAUUACCACAACCACAAGAUGAUCAAAGAUCAGGUGACACAGUCUGUCCAGCAAAUUUUAAAGAAACAAAUGUUCAACAUGUUCAGUGCUAUUCCACAAUGUCCCAGACAACAUAUGAUGUAGUUAAGCGACGCCAUGUAAAACUACAAACAGAAAUAAACAUUUUAUCUCCUCCUGAUGUGGAAAAGGUUUCUACAGGAACUCAGACUGAAGAGAGAAUAUCUGAAUAUCUUGACAACAGCUUCCUGACAUCCACAGAUGAAGGGGAUGACAAUGACACAGACUCAGAC